AUGCCUAACGAUCAACUUGAGAUGAAGGCCAUGAAAAAGAAAAAGAAAAGAAGAGGCAUGGUAUCGUGGGUUACUCUUGGAAAAACCAUUGUAGAUGGAAGUGAUGCAUCACCUGAAGAAAAUGCAAAGGCUAAAAAUUUUCUUCGCCGUCACAUUCAUGAAGCGUUGAAAAGCGAAUACGUGGCGGUCGAUGACCCAUUGGUUUUGUGGAAAGCCUUAUGCGAAAGAUACAAUCACCAGAAAAUGGUGAUCCUCCCAAGAGCCAGAUAUGAAUGGACACACUUGAGAUUCCAAGAUUUCAAGUCAGUGUCUAAGUACAACUCGGCAAUGCACAGAAUCACCUCCCUGAUGAACUUAUGUGGUGAAAAUAUCUCUAAGGAGGAUAUGCUUGAAAAAACUCUGAGUACCUUUCAUGCCUCAAAUAACAAUAAGCUUUUAUUGAAAAAUCACCAAUCUCGUCCAAUAGGCUUAGCACCACUUCCUGAAGUAAAUGAUGCAUCUCAGGAAGUGAAUGCCACCUCAUCUUGUGCCAGUUCCCAUAGACGUCCAAGGAGUAAUUCAUCCACUAGCGGCAAAAAUGCAUCCCGGAAUAAAGGGAAAGCGCAGACAAGCCAUGUGCCUAGAUUUGGGGAACAAAGCCCAUUGCUCCUCAAAUUGAAUCCCACUCAUCAGAAAGUUCCGGUACUUGUCCACAAUGGAAAACCAAUUGUUGAGUCUCUUGUCAUCCUUGAAUACAUUGAUGAAACCUGGAAAACUGGCCCUCAACUUCUACCAGAAGAUCCCUAUAAACGAUCCCAAGUUCGCUUCUGGGCAAGCUAUCUGCAACAGGUGUUUGAGAGCAUGGUCUCAGUGCUCAAAACCAGUGGACAAGCACAAGAGAACGCCAUUAAAGAAGUGACUGAGAAACUCAAGUUACUUGAAGAGGGAUUGAAGGGUUUCUUCCCAAAUGGCUUUCCAAAUUCAUUUGACAUAGAAAAUGUGGGACUACUAGAGGUGGUCAUUUGUUCACAUUUUGGUGCAAAUGAAGCUCUGGAAGAAGCCCUUCGAGCCUGA